AUGUCUUCAAUUGACGACACAACAAGACAGCUCAAGGCCCAGUUCGCUGAGGCCAUUGGCUCAUUGAAUGAGCUUUUUCCAGAUUGGUCCGAAGAGGACUUACUGUACCUGCUCCAAGAAACGCAAGGCGAUGUCGAAGUCGCUGUCGUACGGAUCACCGAAGGCCAUGCUAGCCAGUGGGGCGAAGUGAAGAAGAAAACCAAAGAACGAUCUAAAUCAAAGGGUCCAUUUACUGGCGCCGAAGGCGGAAGACCAUCGUUCUCAUCAUCUACGCGCGGCAGAAGCCGCGGAGGAAUUGAGGCUCGAGGAAGAGGCGGCCGAAGUGAUCGUGGCCGAAGCCGCGGAGGCAGAACUAAUGGCCGGACCAGCGACGAGUCAGCUCCUGUGUCAACUCCAGCGCCAACCGACGCUGCCGCAAGCGCCCCUUCGGACCCUGCUCCUACUACUGAACCUACUCCUAGCGCGGCGGAGUCCGCUGCUCCAGCUACUGAGACACCCGCUGCCGAAACACCUGCUGAAACAACCAACGGAUGGGCCUCCGCGGCAUCUGCUGCUGCGCCAGAACAGCCUGCGCCCACAACCACCACCAGCACGAAAGCAGCGAGCACUGUCAUCAAGCCCGGUACCAAGAUGAGCUGGGCCUCUAUUGCCAAGCCAGCACCAAAACCCGCUGAACCUCCCAAGCCCAAGCCUGCUGCUGAGCCUAUACCCGAGCCCGCUGCCGAGAGCGAACCCGCGAGUGCCACAAACGCAUGGAACAAUGAUUACGCUUCCAGCACUGCUGCUCCCCACAUUGAAGAGUCUGCCUGGGGCAAGACAUCCGCGCAGCCAGCUAGCGAAUCGUACGACGAAGUUGCUCCAUUAACCAAAGAAAACGUUGAAUCCGUGGUUGACGAUGCUCCGCCUGCUCCCACUUCCACCCUCGCCUCUACCAUCGACACUCCCUCCACGACCACCAGCGCUACUGUUUCUUCCAAGGUUCCUCCUGGAUUGGCGUCGGCCACCAAGAACGCCCGCUCGCCCGCCUACUCUCGCGUGCUCAAGCAGGACGCUCCUGUUGUGAUGCCCGGAUCCGUGCAGGCCCAGGUUUCCGGUCUGCAGUUUGGCAGCUUGACCCUUGCCGACAACCAGGACGAAGAGAGCUCGGCCUACGAAUCGACUCCCAAGGAGCAGCUCGACAGCCUUGCUUCCCAGAAGACCUACCAGCAGGAGCCGGCAUCCGAGCAGGCUCCGAUUGCCCAGACCGCUCCUGCCGCGCAGGUUCCCGCCCCUGGUCUCUCUGGAUUCGGCCAGCAGCCGCAGCCUCACCGGUACCAGCAGCAGCCGCAGGUUGCGCAGACGCAGCAGCAGAAGGCGUUCGAGCCCUUCUCGCAGGCGCCCUACACCGGCUACCCCGCGCAGUCGCACAUGCCUGCCUUUGGUGGCUUCCCCAGCGAUUUCCAGAACCCUUACGGCGCUGAUCCCCAGCGUCAGGGAUACGGGUACUACGCCCCGUACCAGCAGCCCGCGAUCAGCGGUGCUGCCGCUCCGGACAGUCUGCAGCGCACUGCCUCUGCUUCGCUCGAGCAGCUCACACCCUCGAGCACCUCGACCCAGCCCGCUCGUUUCGGAGUCGGCUCAGAGGCCACCUCGGCUUCUCCGGCCACCGCGUCGCCUGGAAUCACCACCCAGCAGAGCCAGUACAACAUGCACCCUUACUACAUGAGCCCCGCGUACACCGCGUACUACCUUAACAACUUCCAGGGAUACUACGCCCAGCAGCAGAGCCAGGCCCAGCACUUUGGACACCAGCAGCCGCAGGCUCCCUCCGCGCAGGCCAAGUCUGUCUAUGGCCAGCAGCAGCAGUCGCAGCCCCAGCAGUCGCAGUUCUAUGACCACUACUCGCGUCAGCAGCAGAUGCCCAUGCAGCAGCCCCAGGCUCAGCAGCCCCAGCAGGCCGCUGGCCAGGGUGUCUCCUCGCUCGGUGGCAGCAUCCCUGACUUCUUGCAGAUGGAGGAUGCUUCCAAGGGUGCCGGUGCCCGACCUUCUAGCUCGGCCGGUCAGCAGCAGCAGACUCAGCAGCAACCACAGCAGGGCAUCCCGCAGCAGCCUAUGCCUCAGCAACAGAACGUGUACGGCGGCUUUUCUCAGUACCCUCCUUACAACAGCAUGGGUAGCCAGCAGGGCAGACAGAGCGGCUGGGGUGGCUACAGCCACUAA